AUGAACUUUGACGCCCGGUUCCGAGACGACUCGGACGAGACAAUAUACCUGCAUCACAUUGAUGAACAAGCCGGUUCCCUCCGCGUCCAAGUUCUCGGCCAGGGUCUCACCCAAACCUUUCUACAUGACUAUUCAAAAGAGAACAGAGGGAACAAGUACGGACUGGUCAAGAAAACCACUGGGUUUCUGGCUGCCGUGAGCGCCGGACACAAGCGCGUGAUCCUCGCCUGGGCCGAGAGCGGGCACGGCCUGGGCUGCCACGGAGACUCGCUCGUGGCUCGUGGCGACGUGCUCGGCAACGCCAGAUGGACGUCCAAGGCGCUCGCGCUAGCAGAGAUCCUCCAAAUCAGCCUCGCGACGCCCUUUGGGAAGCCGACGCCGCAUGGACAGCGAAGCAAGACCUUUCAGGCGUCCCACGUCGAGGUCAAGCUGGCCACCUUUGCCGCGACGCUGCUCCUCCAGCUCCGGACGCAGGCGGGGGGGCACGCCGCCGAGGAUGGCCUCCUGAGCCGCGACAAUCUGAUCGAGCUGCGGAGCAGCCGAUGGAGUGGCGGCGGCGGCGGCGCCCUUCACUUUGAAGUCCACGUGUCGCGGAAGCGCUGCAGCCGCUGCAGCGCGUUCGUGACGAGGCUCCAGGAGCUGACGGGCGUCCGCCUGGACAUCAGAUGGGGCACACGCGUCGUGCCCAUUGCGUAUCAUCAGCAGCAGUUAAAGGCCGCUGAAAAGAAGAGCCUGGCCCGCGCCGGGGAGGGUGCGCGCAGCGAGCCACGCCCGACGACCGCGCUGCAAACCUACGAGAAGGACGGUGUGAUCCAUUACAUCCCGCCCGACGAAAGGUCGGGAAAACUCGCGCAACAGGCACGGGUCAGCGCGCUGGCUCGCUUCUCGCUGCAUCACUUGUCCAACGUCGACAAGCCGCUGCCGGCAACCCCGGUUAUCGAGGCGCCAGACUUUGCCGACUUGUCGGAUACAGAACACGUGGAUACGGAGGCCACGUCGGCGCAGUCAUGCGAUAGCUUUCCUUUUCCUAUGGUGGGACUGGAGUAG